AUGAAACUCACCCCCCUAUCCCUCUCCUCUCUCCUCGUAACGCCGAUCCUGGCCAUAAACGGCCGCUGCGAUGCGAGAUCCGAAUGGGGCUCGCGCCCAGACUGCAUCUGCAUCGAUCGCAAUGAGUGCACGAAUAAGUGGAAGGGCCAUGCCGUCCAGGGAUCUCCGGAUAACUGGCCAUGUCCAUGGGAUGCCACCCAAUGUCUGGGGCUGCAUGUUCGGCUACCCGUGCGUGACGCAUGA